CGCGCGCGUAGCUGUCAGUAGGAAAUACAGGCUGUUCGCGUCUGCCGAGCCCCUGCGGCUGUGCCUGGACAUCUGAUCACAGAAAGUCGGCCUAUUACAAAAUGAAAAUUAUCACUUACAGACUCGCUUGACUUUGGUGAGAAUGCGUCGAACAAGUGCGCAUGUGUAACCGCGGUACCGAGGCAUCCCGCUAGCUAGCACGGCUAACAGAAACAGAACACUAUCGGGGCUAAUGCUAAUAGUUAAAUAAGCUAACUUAGCUAGCUGUUAACUUAGCUAGCUAGCUCACGGAUUGCGGGACGUUUGUUCUCCCAGCUCAUCUCCCCGUUCAGCGGUUCCUGCCCCUGUGUCGCCUUUUCGUGUUCUCAUUAAUUGGAUAAGGUUACGGAACCGGAGCUGUGGCGGGGGGACGAGACGACAGGAACCCCCUGGCUGGCUAUCCAGGCGGACCGAUCACAGUGACACGCCGGUGUGGGAGAGAGUGGAACCAUGGCUGAGCUUUCCACCUUAUCCCCAUCCCCACCUGCUUUGGGUGAUCCUCAUGCAGCUCCAUCUAUCCCUCCGUCAUCACCAGGGCUUCCUCCACCUAACAGCACUGCUACAGAGUCUCCCAGGGAGGUGUCCAUACCCAAGUCUUCCCUUUUUAAUGACAAAGCUUUGAGUGGAAAAACUUCUGCAGUACUGGCAGGGGGGUCCCCCUUGAUUCCCCACCGAUCCUCAAAUCCUCCCGACCUCACAGCUGAGGCUCCCCUUCUAUCAUCGGUACAGCAGCCUGCUCCAGGGAAUGAAGAAUCAGCAGGAAAGCCACCAGCUCCAAGCGAAGUGGCACAGGCGUCCCCCUCUCCUGAUCUAAAUCCUGGUCCUAACCUAUACCCUAACCUGCAAGUCACCUGUAACCCAAAUCCUGUUGUAGAAGAAGCUCAACUUAAAGUGGGACAACCCCAGACGACUGCAGGUCCCAAUCCUGCACCUGCUCCUCCAGUCUUAUCAUCAUCAUCAUCAGCAGCAGCAGCAGCAGCAGCAGCAGCUGAAGGAGAAAAACCUCAGCCGCUCCAAGAAGCACAAAAUGCUCCAAACGAGCCUCCACCUUUGUACCCAAAGCCUGGUACUCCCAAUGAAGCCAGGAUGGGAGAACUGCCUGCUACUCCUACCAGAGCUGAACCCCACAGCCCACCACUCCCCCUGAUCCAAGAGCCACCGUUGUCCUUCGCUCUACCCAAACCCCGGCCGGCACCAGAUACCCUCAGUUACCUUGAGUCAGCCAGCCUGAUGUCUGGAACUUUGGAGUCUCUGUCUGGACUGGGAGAAGAUGGCAGCUCCGUGGGGUCAGAUUCAGAGAUUAAUGGCCUAACUGUCAGACGCACUGACAAGUAUGGCUUCCUAGGUGGGAAUCAGUACAGUGAAGGGGGUGAAAAGGAAGUUCGAGUUGAUGUUGCACGACAGCGGGAAAUGAAAUGGAUUGACAUGUUCUGCCACUGGGAUAAGUGGGUCAAACAUCGCUUCCAGAAGGUGAAGCUGCGCUGUAGGAAGGGGAUUCCAUCCUCUCUCAGAGCAAGAGCCUGGCAGCUGCUGUCCAACAGUGAGGAGCUUCUAAGAGACAACCCUGGGAAAUUUGAGGAGCUGGAGAGAGAGCAGGGAGAGGCUAAAUGGUUGGACAUUAUAGAGAAGGAUCUCCACAGGCAGUUCCCCUUUCAUGAGAUGUUUGCUGCUCGCGGUGGCCACGGUCAACAGGAUCUGUACCGAAUCCUCAAGGCCUACACCAUCUACCGGCCUGAUGAGGGUUACUGCCAGGCCCAAGCGCCGGUGGCUGCAGUACUGCUCAUGCACAUGCCUGCAGAGCAAGCGUUUUGGUGCCUCGUCCAAAUAUGUGAGAAAUAUCUUCCUGGCUACUACAGUGCAGGGCUGGAAGCGAUUCAACUUGAUGGCGAGAUCUUUUUCUCUGUGCUGCGUCGCACGUGUCCAAUGGCGUAUCGUCAUCUUAAGAAGUUCAAGAUCGAUCCCAUUCUCUACAUGACGGAGUGGUUCAUGUGUAUCUUCUCACGCACUUUACCAUGGUCCUGUGUCCUGCGUGUAUGGGACAUGUUCUUCUGUGAAGGAGUGAAGAUAGUCUUCCGUGUCGGCCUGGUGCUGCUGAAACAGAUGCUUGGUUCUGUGGAAAAACUUCGGGAACUUCAGGGCAUGUAUGAGACCAUGGAGCGUCUAAGAAACAUCUCACCCGACACUAUCAGAGAGGACAUAUUGGUACAGGAGAUCGUCGCUCUCCCAGUGACUGAGGCACUCAUAGAGAGAGAGUGCAACAUUCAGGUGAGGAAGUGGAGGGAGUCCAGAGGGGAACUUAUGCACCAGCCGGGACGCCGCCUUCACGGUACAAGAGCUAUCUUUGAGUACAAACGCAGAGCUGCUUCCAUCAGCUCUGGUGGAAGCUUCUCUUUCCUAGGAAGCUCGAUCCCACCACCAGGACCCCUCAGGGCCUCUUCCAGUUUGCUGUCACUCCCUGGCUUCCGCAAAUCUAGGGCUCCUUUCCACUCCCACGCCAAGAAGGGCUCCUUCUCAGGGCCGUCAGGAUUUGAGGGCUUUCCACCUCCGUCACCACCCGCAGUAACAUCGAGCUCGAACCGAGGGCCCAGCCAGAAACCACCUAUGCCCCCAGGGGCAGGUCAUAAGGCAGCACCGCAGAGCCCCUUAGUAUCAAAGGUGGCUAGUUCAUCUCAUGGUCCUGCUCCAGCCUCAGAGAGCACAUCAGCACAGGGCGAGCCUGCUUCUUCGGCCCCAAUGCAAAGCACACCACAACCCCCCGCUACUCUGGCCCCCUCUCCUAAGAUCGUCUCGGAGCAAAUUACUCCCACUAUCCCGUCUCCUACUGCAAACAACACCCCUCUGCCCCCAUGCCCAGAUUCAAAAAAAGAAACGGCACCUCCAUCAGCCGAUGCCGCAAAUGUGGAGGAAGAAGGAAAGAAGAAGAAGAAAAGCAAAGAGGACAAGAAGAAGGAGAAAGAAGACGAGAAGAAAAAACAGAAGGAAAAAAAGGAAAAAGAAAAGGCUGAAAAAGAGAGGCUCAAAAAAGAGAAAGAGAAGCUAGAAAAAGAG